AUGAGGCUCGGAAGCAGACAGACUGGCACCUUCAACGCUCCCCAGGCUGGCACCCUCCCUCACUCCAAAGACUGGCACGUUCAACACUCCCUCCCCGUGCUGACACCCUCCCCCACUCCCCAGGCUGGCACCCUCAACACUCCCACUCCAGGCUGGCACCCUCCCCACUAUCUUCCCAUACCCAAGGCUGGCACCCUCUCCACUCCCCAGUCUGGCACCCUCCCUACUCCCAAGACUGGCACCCUCCCCAGGCUGGCACCCUCUCCACUCCCCAGACUGGCACUCUCCCCAACACCCCAAGCUGGCACCCUCCCCCACUCCCUCCCCAGACUGGCACCCUCUCCACUCAACAGACAGGCACCCUCCCAACUACCCAGACGGGCACUCUCCCCAUUCCCUCCCCAGAAGGGCACCCUCCCCACACCAACGUCCUGA